AUGGGUCUGCUCUCCAACAGAGUGGAUAAGGGGAGCCUGAAGCCUGGGGAUCACAUCUACUCUUGGAGGACUGCCUAUAUCUAUGCUCAUCAUGGCAUCUUUGUAGGGGAUGACACAGUCGUUCAUUUCACCAGGCGUGGGCAAGAAGUAGGAACAGGGACAAUGCUGGAUGCUCUCUUGGUUAGCUCAGGGCCAGCCCGACCUCAACAGCCCUGCCAAGUUUGCACCCCACGGGAAGAGGGAAGUGGGGUUCUCUCCUCGUGCCUGAACUGCUUUCUUGCAGGGGGUGUCUUGUAUCGUUUUGAAUAUGCUGUCAACCCUGCUCUCUUUAUUGCAAAAGCACGUGGGGGAACCUGCACUCUUGCAGUCUCGGAUCCAGAUGAUGUCGUCGUCCAUCGAGCAAAAUACUUGCUCAACAAUGGCUUUGGUUGUUAUAACGUAUUUAAGAAAAAUUGUGAAGACUUUGCUAUUUACUGCAAAACGGGGCUUCUUGUUCUGGAUCAAGGAACAAUUGGCCAAAGCGGACAAGCAGUAUCUAUAAUAGGGGGACCUCUUGCAGCCAUUUUAUCCACACCAUUGCGUCUUGUUACCACCAAUGUUUAUGGGAUGGCAGCAACAGCCGUUACAAUGUACUGCGCUAGUAGGUACGCUGCGGACAUUGGCAUGAGGAGGGAUGUAGUGAAGGUGUCUGUGGAGGAUAUGACAAGCAGAUUGGCAACUGGCUUGCUCCGGGUGGCGGAGGCCCAACUUGUAUUGGCCCCUAUAAUAGGUUCUUCUGACCUUGUCACUCAAUAG